AUGAAAAACCUAAUUCUCCAAUUCUCCAUUUCAGAAACCCUAAAAUGUCAAAUUGAAAAACGAUUCCCUCCACUGUCGCUUCCCCGCAACGCGCCACCGCCACCGCCGCGCCUCACCGCUACCAGACGUGACCCCGCCGCGCCGCGAACUGCCAACGUCCUCGCGCAGUCGCCUCCAUCGAAGACCUCACCGCGCCGCGCCUUGCCGCUACCAUACGCGACCUCGCCGCGCCGCGCCUCACCACUAUCAGACGCGACCUCGCCGCAUCGCGCCUCGCCUCGCCGCUAUCAGACGCGUCCUCGCCGUGCCUCGCCUCGCCGCUAUCAGACGCGUUCUCGCCGCGCCUCGCCUCGCCGCUAUCAGACGCGUCCUCGCCGUGCCUCACCUCGCCGCGCCUCCCCGCGCCUCGCCGCGUCUUCGCUGGCCACUCACCUCCAUCACAACACUCUCCUGUACUCUGGUCUGCGUUCAAGGGAAGAAGAGAAAGGGAAUCUGCGUUCAAGAAGAAGAGAAAGGGAAGAAGAGAAAGGGCAGAGGAAGAUCUGA